UUACGACACUUUAUGGCAGAACACGCGCUGCAGGGAGAAGCCGCGGAUUUGAUUUUCCGAAGCUAAUCAGUUAGCGCGUACUGUUCAGCGUGCAGCUUUCUCCCUCUCCGGGAAUGCCACUGUUUUAAAAAUCAAACCGUCGAAUUAAAAACACAACAAAAUGAACUUUGACAGACUCAGAAAACGAGUUCGGCAGUACAUUGACCAGCAACAGUAUCAAAGUGCGCUGUUUUGGGCCGACAAGAUAGCAUCCCUUUCUCAUGAAGAUCCCCAGGAUAUCUACUGGCUAGCUCAGUGCCUUUACCUAACCUCACAGUACCACAGAGCCUCACAUGCCCUCCGUUCCAGAAAACUUGACAAAUUGUAUGGAGCUUGUCAGUAUCUUGCUGCUAGGUGUCACUAUGCUGCCAAAGAGUUCCAACAAGCCUUGGAUAUCCUGGAUGCAGAGGAGCCUGUCCACAAGAAAUUAGUAGAUAGAAGUGAAAAGGACGACAGCGGGACAGAAGCUGCAAAGGAAUGGGACAUGUUGCCCUCUUCUAUCAGUAGCUCUAUCUGCCUCCUGCGGGGUAAAAUCUAUGAUGCCAUGGACAACAGGCCCCUGGCCACCUUCAGCUACAAAGAGGCCUUGAAACUAGAUGUCUACUGCUUUGAAGCCUUUGACCUUUUAACGUCCCACCACAUGUUGACAGCACAGGAAGAGAAGGACUUUCUGGACUCGCUUCCUUUAAGUCAGCAAUGCACUGAGGAAGAGGAGGAGCUGUUACACUUCCUUUUUGAGAAUAAAUUAAAGAAGUAUAACAAGCCCAGCGACCUGGUGGUGCCAGAGAUGGUCAAUGGUCUCCAAGACAACUUGGAUGUAGUCGUGUCUCUUGCUGAGAGGCAUUAUUAUAACUGUGAUUUCAAGAUGUGUUACAAACUCACAUCAACGGUGAUGGUGAAAGACCCUUUUCAUGCCAACUGUUUACCAGUUCACAUAGGGACGCUGGUAGAGCUUGGAAAAGCAAAUGAGUUGUUUUACCUCUCACACAGACUUGUAGAUCUGUACCCAAACAAUCCAGUAUCCUGGUUUGCUGUUGGGUGCUACUAUCUCAUGGUUGGCAACAAAAAUGAACAUGCUAGGCGAUACCUUAGUAAAGCCACCACUCUGGAGAGAACUUAUGGUCCCGCAUGGAUCGCCUAUGGUCACUCAUUUGCUGUGGAAAGUGAGCAUGACCAAGCCAUGGCUGCAUACUUCACUGCUGCUCAGCUAAUGAAAGGAUGUCAUUUACCCAUGCUCUACAUUGGGCUGGAGUACGGUCUAACUAACAACUCCAAGCUGGCGGAGCGGUUUUUCAGCCAAGCUCUUAGUAUCGCCCCAGAAGACCCGUUUGUCAUACAUGAGGUGGCAGUGGUUGCAUUUCAAAAUGGAGACUGGAAGACGGCAGAAAGGUUAUUUCUGGAUGCAAUGGAGAAAAUCAAAGCCAUAGGGAAUGAGGUUACUGUGGACAAGUGGGAGCCCUUGUUGAACAACUUGGGUCAUGUGUGCCGAAAACUAAAAAAGUACGACCAGUCUCUGGAGUACCAUCGUCAAGCACUGGUGUUGAUCCCUCAGCAUGCAUCUACGUAUUCUGCGAUAGGAUAUGUGCACAGUCUCAUGGGGGACUUUGAAAGUGCUAUAGACUACUUUCAUACGGCUCUCGGGUUGAAAAGGGACGACACUUUCUCAGUGACGAUGCUUGGCCAUUGUAUCGAGAUGUACAUUGGGGACACGGACGCAUAUAUAGGAACCGACAUAAAUGACAAGGUGCGAGGCAGUUUGAACACUCCAGCACUGAUGAAGAUGUUGAACACAUCAGAGACAAAUGACCUUCAAGCUACGCCAAGGUCGGAAGAGACUAGCUUGUCGACGCUGGAAACCCCAGCAUCCAAUCAGGAAAAGAUGAUGCUGGAGCCGCCUCUACGGCUCUCAUUAACUCUGGAGUGUGAUAUGUACGAGAGCGAUGUGAUGCUGGACACCUUAUCAGAUACCAGCACGUGAUUUCAUCCUGCCAUGUGGUGGAACUGUGGAAGUAACUGGUUGUCAUAGGUACACGUAUCCAAGCCCGAGGACGACAGUCAGCGCACAACUUAAGCCGCUGUCCUCCACCAUGUGGAUUCCCCGCAAUGUGUGUUAUUUUGUAUCAGAAUGCUCUUGUGAAAUUUUUUUUAACAUAAGUGACUGAAUUUGUAUACAGCACAUGGUGUAUACCAUAAUUUCACAAGAAUGCACUUUAAAGAAGGGGGAAGUGAACACAUGACUUGUUUCAAGGGUUGAAUAUAUUUUACCUCGGGUUAGAAACACUGGGAUGAUGUGGCCCUAUAGCAGGAUCAAACACAGCCACACACCUCACAACACAAGGACAUUUAAAGUCACUUGCUAAUGCCUGAGGCAAGAUCCUCCCUGCUGCUUAAAACCUGUGGAUUUUCACUCUGAAAAAGGAGCCAGCUAAGUAUAAUCAAAUUUGGUGAAUUAACAUUUUGGUUAUUCUUACAAUAAACCAUGCAUUUCUCUUAAAACUUUA